AUGGAAGACGUCGGACAGCAGCAAAAUUCACAAAAUGACAAAACAGAUGAGGAAACGGUAAGUUCUUUUUCCUAAUCAUUCUGUAUCAAACAAAUAUGUUAUAGUCUCGACCACAGUAUUCAAUGUCUGGUGUUUUACAUUAUAUACAACACGAAUGGACGAGAUACGAAUUAGAACGAUCACGAUGGGAAGCAGAACGAGCCGAAAUGCAAGCCAGAAUUGCAUUUUUGCAAGGAGAACGAAAAGGACAAGAAAAUCUCAAAUCUGAUUUGGUGAGACGUAUAAAAAUGCUCGAAUUUUGUCUGAAACAAGAACGUGCAAAAGUUUAUCGACUGACUCACAACGGCGAUGAACCGCCAAAUUAUGAUGAAGUGCCUGAUGAGAAUUCUGCACCGACUGAAAAUCAUUUGGCAGCUGAUCUCGACUCAUAUAUUAAUGAUACUGAAUCGACCGGAAAUUUCAGACAAGGAAGGUUAUUGUUAAAAAGAUAUUUGGAAGAAAUUGGAUAUAGUGAGCAUAUUAUGGAUGUUCGAUCUUUUCGUGUAAAAAAUCUUUUUAGGAUUGAUCGCACCGGUGAGUUUUUUUUUGAAAUAUUUGAACAUUUUUAUCAUAAUUUAUUCAGUCUGAUCUUCCAAAUAACGAUGCAGUAAAUGGUAAAAAAGGAAAAUCCGAUAGUGAUUCUGAUGAUGAAAAUUUGCUUGAUAUGGAUGCCUCAAAAGCUUUAGAUGAAUUCGAUUUUCUUCAUACCGAUUCAGAUUUGAAAAAUGAUGAUGACUGGUCUGGAAAUCAAAACCAAUAUGAUGCGCUGGUUCGCAAAUAUAAUAUCGAAAAAGAAAAUCGGCGAAAGCCUCGAAAUUCCGAAGAUGAUUCAUCAUCCGAAAGUCUGACGAAAAAUCUCGAAACCGAUGUUCCACCAGGUAUUGCUUCAGCAAUUGCUGCAUCAGCUGCCGAAGGUUUGCCAACACGAAGACAAGGUCGCAGAAGUCAGAAUUUUGCAUAUGGAAAUGGAGGAGCUUCGAGUGAAAUUAAUGCAGCUUUAGGUAUUUCAAAUGAAGAAAAUAUGGAUAUUAAAGAUGAAUUUGGAAGUGAUGUAAGUUUAAAAAAAUAGUUUUUUGAAUAAAUAUCAUGAAUUUUCUGUUUAGCAAGACGAUCCAUCAAUGCAAGCACACAAAUGGAGCACAAAAAUUUCAUUGAGAUCACAUUUAGAUUCGAUUUGGGCUAUGCAGGUAAUAUUUCCAAAGUGAUACCCUUGCACGUAAAUACAAAUAUUUUUAGUUUCACCCUGUUGAACCCGUUUUAUUCACUGCUUCUGAAGAUGGAACUGUCAAAUUAUGGAAUCUUGAAGCAAAAAAAGAAGAUAAACAUGGUUCAGGAACUGGAGAAAUUGAGCCAAUCUACACAUUCCGUGGACAUAUGGGACCAGUUGUUUGUCUUGUUUUGAAUCCAACUGGAGAUCAUUUAUACACCGGUGGUCGAGAUGGAAAUCUGUGUUGUUGGAAUGUUCCAGCAUUAAAUUCUGAUCCAUGCGAUGCUUAUGAUCCACGAGUUCUUGCUGAAACUUUGAAUGGCCAUACCGAUGUAAUUUGGUCUGUUGCAUAUCAUUCAUCAAAUGGACGAUUGGUUUCGGCAAGUUCUGAUUCAACAAUUAAAUUAUGGGAACCAGGAAAUAGUGAACCAUUAAUUCGAACAAUCAAUCCACCAAAACCAUCACUUGUUCCAACAUCUGUUGAUUUUGUGUCAACAGAAACAACUCAUCUGCUUGCUGCUUAUACCAAUUGUUUUGCUCAAAUUCUAGACAUUGAAACUGGUGCAAGUGUGAUGGUUUUUGAUUUUGGAGCUGAAGCCACCGGCAGAACACUUAAUAAAAUUGUUUCACAUCCAACUAUGCCAAUAUCAGUAAUUGGAGGAGAAGAUAGAACUAUACGGUAUUUUGACAAUACUACGGGUGAGUCUUUUUAUUGAAAAAUACAUGAAUUAAAUUUAUAAUUUUUUAGGUAAACUUAUACAUGAAUCAUUGGCUCAUAUUGAAGGAGUCUCAUCUCUCGCCAUAGAUCCAAAUGGGCUAUUUUUAUUAUCUGGAAGUCAUGACGGAAGUUUGAGGGUGUGGAAUAUUGAGAAGAAAGUUUGUCUACAGGUUAGUUUUUUUCGUUUCAAUAUUUGAACAUUUUUCUGAAUUAAAAGUUUUUUAGGGAACUUUUUUCCUUGAAUUUCUAAGAGACCAAAAUGGAAAUUUAGGAAAUUUAAGGCAAUUUUUGGGAUAAUUGAAAAAACUAAAUUAUUUUAAAACCUUUGUAUUCUGAAAGUUACCCAAGCAGAAAUGUUUUUGUCAAAAUUAAAAAAAAACUUGAUAGCUGGCAGACAUCACAGGGAAUCACUUUUCAUAAAACUGCAAUUUUCAUCAUAUCGAAAACCAUUUUAGGAAAUUUCGGCACAUCGUAAAAAGAAUGACAAUGCAGUAACAUCAGUCGCAUUCCAUCCGUCCAAACCAUUAAUUGGCUCGUCUGGAGCUGAUUCGGUUGCCAAAAUAUAUGUAGCUGCUUCAAAUUAA